AGUGAUUGUGCGUGUGUGUAUGCUUAUUUACCCGGAACGGAAGUCGGGGCCGUUGAGUACUCUUUACCAUUCCAUCUCCAUCACCUCAAAGAGUCAUCAUUCUGACUAGAUACAAAGAGAGUGAACAAAUACAACUAUAGGGGCAAAGCAAAAGUCUCAUUAAGCAAUCUUGAGCUGGGAUCGUGCUUAUUAUCGGUAUCCUCAAGUCCACUGCAUCAUCCCGAAAAUUGACAGCGUUCUAGGUAGUGACAAGAUGGACACAACAGAUCCCUAUUCGCGAAAUUUAGGGCGAGGAAAAGCAUGUAACGCUUGUCGUCGUCGCAAACUACGAUGCGAUGGCGGAAAGCCAUCAUGCAAUCGUUGCUUAGAAGCAAGAAAUCGUAAAUUAGAAGCAAUGCGAAAAAGAGGGAAAACGGAAGAAGAGAUUCAAUCCGUCCGAUUUCCGCCUUGCUACUCGGAAGAAGAUGGUAAUACAGAAGGAGAUAAUUCAUUCUCAUUUACAAAUGAUAACAAAGGCAUUCUUGCCGGGCCUUCGAAUGCCUCUACCGUUGCUUCGGGCAGCAGUGAUCCACGCUCAUUGCCUUUCAAUGCGCCUUCUGCCAGCAGUACAGGUCGAUCGAUGUCCAGCGAUCCACUUACGCCCGAGGAUAGGAGGCCAAACAAAGUACAGCGAACGACAGGUAUGAACGGACAAGAAAGCAUUCUCAUGUCUGGCUCAAGAAACGCUGCUAUUCAGACCAAUAAGCCAGAUACGAAUCAAAACGAUUUAUUCUUCGCCGAGAUCCUUUCGUCUCAUUUACCACUUGACGCUUCCCGAUCUUCUAGCGGUGACGGAUUCGGAAACGGACAGACAGAUCCGAUGCAAUCACAACAAAACCAACAACCCAAUCAAUUCUCAUUUCUGGGCAAUGUGGGGAACAUGCCAACCAAAUCAAACUUGGACCCUCAAUCGUCAAUCGCCACUUCUUAUUGGCUCAACGAUAGCGAGGUUGCACUGCCUGAACAACCGCUGUUGAAUCGAUUAGUGGAUGUAUUCUUUGAGGAUCACGAUUGUGCAUACAUCUUUCAUCCUGGUCGUUUACGCGAGCGGAUUGCAUUAGGACCCGAUCAUCAAAAUUAUCCACAAACUGCUGCUUUACACAUCAUCGUUGCCUUAGCCUAUGCUUCUAGACCAGAGAUUGAUGAAGAGACAAGCGGUGGUAGCAAGCCAACGGAACGUUCGGGUGCUCAUUACAGACAUUUUGCUGCUGCUUCACAGAGUUUGCUGCAUUCUUUCCAUUGUGACAAAUUGAAAACGCCUUUGGACUUGGUUCGAGCAAGUUUGUUACUCGUUUCAAAACUUUACGGGCAGGGAGAUCAACUGGAGUCCUAUCUCGCCAGUGCUCAGGCCGCAAGAUUAUGUGUUGCGCUCAAUCUGAAUCGUGAUGUUCCUACUCGAGCUGAACAGCAAUUACAGCAAUUGCAGUACCUCUUGAUGCAACCACGCAUUACGGAUACAUCCAUCAUUCGACCCGAACCAAGCGAUGAAAUUGAAGCGGAAGAGCUACGUCGGACGAUGCUGUUAAUGUUUGCAAUCGAUCGAACGUCUAUCGCUGGGACGUUGUGGCCUGGUAAUCUUACCGAAGAAGAUUAUACGGCCGAACUUCCCCGUGCAACAUUCCAAGAAUUCAUUUCGACAACGACUAACAAUAUGCAUACGCAAGAAUGGAUGGGUAGACGAAAUACGCUGUCCAUCCAUAGUCAUGAUUUCUUCUCCCGUAGGACGAUGGAUGCAGAACAAUUCUUUUUCAAAUUGACAGUUUUGCUUGGAAGAUGUGCUCAAUACGUUUCUCGCAUUUCCCGUACUGCAACUCCAACUCAGAUCGUUUCUGCUCCACGCUUUCAACAGCUCGAAAAUUGGAUUGCUGCAAUGCAUUUAGAAUCGUAUGAAGUAGCAAACCAGGCUUUAAAGGCAAGUACAACGAGCCCUUCUGCUGCUUCCUGGUCAGCACGUAAAGCAGAUUCGAGUGCUUUAACUGCAUACCUUUUGAAUUCAUCGGGAAAUCAAACAAUGUCCAAAAAUAUGGUUGUCACGCCGGCCUUGCUGCCAUACGCUUGCACAUUGACUCUACAUGAACCUUUGGCAGCCUUGAGUUCGGAAAGCGAAGAACGCUGUAAAGCAGCAACAAGAGGUGCGAUCAACGUUUUACGAUUGUGUGCAUUGCAUGCACAAGAUGAUAUGCAAAGGCUUGAUGUUGUCAUGACAAUCGUUGUCAUGCUGGUGGGAAGAAGUUUGAUCCGACAAUUAGAGUCUCUUUAUUCCAAAUAUAUCGCUCAAGAAUUAGCCCAACAGAGUGAAAAUGGUGACGGUUUACCCAAGACGGAAAGCGUAUGGAACUCGGAUGAAUUUACGGAAAGUGUCUCUUUAUUACAAGCAGAUCUAGAAGUAGUCUUGCUAACCUUGAAGCGGUAUGGACAAAAAUGGGUCAUUGCCAUCAAAAUGCACGAUUCUUUGCUGAAAUUGCUUCAAUUCAACCCUGAGCAUCGUCUCCGCGGACUGUUCUGCGUGGAGUAAGAUUAAGGUGAUGAAUUAUUUUGUAUAUUAUGUACAAUUGCGUCUAUAUAUUAUAAAUUAAUUAUGAAACCAUUGUAUGUUCUUCAACCAUUCGCAUAACCUCUAUUGCUACUCCCCAGCUCACUUGAAAGCCAGUCUUGCCGGAACCAUAUGCAUGUAUCACAGGUGGCAAGAUUUGCUUCCCGUUAAUAUCCUUCUUUUCCUCUUGCCAAUCUAAUCGGGGCCCUCCUUUUCGUCCCGGACGCAAACCAACGCCGGUAUGAAUGAUUGAUGGAUCGGUUAUCGACUUUUGCAGAUCAGCACAAAGAUGAUGUGAAUAUUGUUUCGUGCCUUGAA